GAGGAGUUCUCGCGCUACGAACACCCAUUCGGAUCAUUCCAUUAGUCUACAUGACAUGAAUUAAACUCCUCGGCACAAUUUAACAUCUGAGCUACACAGUACACCAAAUCAGUCCUAUUGGACCUCUACUCUGACCCACCACCUACUAUCUCUACUGUGCAUUACCUUCUACAUAGUAGAACCACCACCUCUGUCUCUCCCCUUCCAGCAUCCUCCACCUCAAUUCUCCAAACCGGCACGUGCCUGUCUCCAGAGCCCCCCAGGCUAGAUCACAAAGAAAACGCCAACAGGGCAUUCUCCUGUCACGCCCGUCACCUCCCAAUCAAAAUGCCUAUCACAGGGGUCUACUUCAUCCCAUCCAACCCAAAUGCAUCCACCGUGCUCGCAACCAUCACCGAGCGCCUCCACACAGCCCUCGCAGACGAGCCCACGCUCAUAGGCCGCUGGUUCCUCGAGCACAAGCUAAUGCGAGAUACGCCAUCAUGCGUGCCCGCCUCCGCCUCCCAGCGACAACUCCAACCGCGCUACAUGCAAUUCCUCUCUCUCUCCUUCCACUCAAACCAUGGCUUCAUCUACACCUCACAGACACCAGGGAACGGCACCCAGCAUCCACCCACCGCCGGGAACCCUGCCUCGACGACCCCCAACCCAUCCAACCCCGCACAGUCAUCCUCCUCCGGCCCAAUGAUCAUGACGACCGUGCCUCUCCCCUCCUGUAGCGCUCUAUUCCAGCAUUUCGGCUACGCGUGUCAACCCCUCUGGUGCCAUCGACACACGGUCACCGUCCCCGCCGGCGUGGUCUACGACGUGGGCGAUUUCCGGGUGCGCAUCGGCGAUGUCCGGCAGACCCAGCCGGCCGUGAGAGUCCGCGGCACGGUCGUAGAGAUCGAAUACCGGGGUCCGUCGCUAGUGGAUUCCAUUUCGGCGCAGAGUCUCGCCAGGAAGGCCAGGGCUGCGCAAAUGGGCCCUGCCUUUGCUACUGCCCUGGAUGACGACGAUGAUGAUGACUCCGGGGUCGAUAUGGCGUUCGCUGAGGGCAUCGAGGAUGCGGAUGUUGAUGCGGAGUAUGCGGCGAGUGCGGCGCUGAUUCGCGAGUUUUGGGCCCGUUUGGGCGUGGAUGGCGCGAGGGAGGCGAUUCUGUUGCCCGAUGUGGGUAAGGAGGCGAAGGAUCGCUUGAGAAAGCUGAGGCAGCCUGUCAGGCAGACGGUGCUUGAUGAUAAGGGCGGUUUUCAGGUGGAUGAGGAUCCCGAUCCUGAUGCUGGGGUCGAUGUGGCGAGGCAGUUUAUGGAGAUCUUUAGAUUUAAUCGGUAAGGGGAGAAUUCGCGAUUGUAGUAAUGUUGAUAUACCCUUACCUCUUAACGAUAUCCUAUUUGGUCAUCUGGUUUAUUGGUCGGCGUGUGGUCCCUUACAGUACCUGGCCUCGAUACGAGAACGCUCAAGGACCACAAUAGUUGGCCGCGUAGCGUUACCUGUCAUAUUUUGGGUGCUUAUCGUUACAUAAGUCUUGAAAGUACUUAAUACCCUAGUUGGAACUACGAAUUGGCUUUGACAAAAUGCGAC